CAGAAGAUAAUCCAGACAAGACUGAAUAACUUACUAGAACAUACAAAUACACACGGAUGGAACCAAGAAAGAAUAACUCUUUUCAGAAACCUAAAGGAAGAGCUGAAAGAAAUAUGCAAACAAUCACACAACGACAAAUGGAACAAGCUAAUCACAAACACAGAGGCCGAUUAUCACAAUCCAAAACUUUUCUGGAGUAAAAUAAUGAUGGUGACGGGAAGAGUCAUGAUGGUGACGUGAACAGUCAUGAUGGUGAAGUUAACAGCCAUGACGGUGACGUGAACAGUCAUGAUGGUGACGUGAACAGCCAUGAUGGUGACGUACCAGCCCUGCUCACAGACAAUUAUACAACAAUAUUCUAUUUACAUAAGUUGAGGGUAACAUGCCUAAAAAAUAUUUCACUAUGACCAACACAAUGCACCACUGUUCAUUACGCCAUGCAUAACAGAAUGAUGAAGUGGACAUAGUGAUAGAGGAUAAAAGACAAUUAUUAAAGGUCUAGAUGAUGAUGGUGAUAAGCAAGAGUCCCUGGAGUUUGACCAGUAUUGUUACGUGCUGUACUAUAGAGUAUUUUAAGAGUUGUGAAACAGUGUUAUAACGGGUUUAAGGCCAGACGCUCCAGCUUGACACAGCUGCUGGGGGUGUUGGAUAUGUGGACACAGAUCACGGGGCGUGGUGACAAUAUUGACAAUUAUAUAACUUGCUUUGUCAAAACAGUAGAUUCAGUACCUCAUGAGAGGUUGAAAAUUAAACUGGAAGGGUGCGGUAUUCAGGAAAAUGUCUCGGUAUGGAUUCAAGAUUCUUUAUAAUUGUAACCAGUUUGUGGUUAUUAAUGUCACCAAAUCAUUAUUUGUACCCAUGAUAAGUGGAAGGCUUUCUGAACUAUAUUUUGCAUGUCAGGAAGCAUGAUCUUCCUGGGGUCACUGCCAGGGUUCCUGUUGGCGGGGUGGUCUCUACUGGUGUCUGCGCUGCCCGGUGCCCUCGGCAGUAUAUUAGUCGGCUUCGCCCUCAACCCGCCCAUGCUGCUGGUUGGCAGAUUCUUAGAAGGCAUCACAUUCGGUAUGCUGAUAGUAGCUGUGAAGACAUAUGCAUCAGAAAUAGUUGACACAAACAUCAGGGGCAUAGCCAUGGGUCUACCCAUCGUCCUGAUGAAUAUGGGUAGUGUCGCAAUCGUUGGUUUGGGCAUCAAGUUGAGUUGGUACUAUGUUGUGUUCGUCAGUUUUGUAGUCGCACUACUACAUUGCUUUCUUGUAGCUGUGUUUCUUGUUGAGAGUCCCACUUACUUGACCGUAAAGAACAGAGAAGCUGAAGCCACCGUCAUCCUCCGCCGCCUCACAGGUUCCAACGCGGAUAUUAAGGAAGAGUUGAGAAUUCUGAAGAUGAUGAGACAGCGAGAAGAUGGAACAUCAGGAUGGGGAGCUCUGAUCAAGCGGGACGUCAUAAAGAAUAUCCUGGUGAUGUUUGGUCUCUUCAUGAUGUACAACUUCAGUGGUGUUCAGGUCAUGAAGAUAAACACAGUGAGAAUACACCAAUUUUACUGCUGGCGCAAAGGUUUGCGUCAAACUGUCACUUUCAAUGUCUUCAACUUUGCUGUUGAUAGCAGCCUGCAAGUGGCCAAUGCCUCUGCUGGCGGCCUGCAGAGAUGUUGCUGCCUACAGUUGUACAGCCCCAUGCAGGCUAGUCUUGUCCAAGCUGCCUUUUACUGGACACCAACAGAAGGCCAGCAGCCUUGA